AUGGGUGGUGGGAGCCGAGCCCUUUCCCUCUCCUCCCUCUGCGCCGCCGCCAAGCCCCCGCAGCACCCCUUCCCCUUCGCCCCGGCCCACCGCGCGCUCCCCCACCGCCUCGCCGCCGCCAUGUCCUCCUCGUCCUCCCCGACCCCCGCCGCCCCCGCCGCAUCGGGCGACGCCGGGGCCCCGGCCCCGGACCCUUCGGCGUCCAGCGCCAUCGAUUUCCUCACGCUCUGCUACCGCCUCAAGACGACCAAAAGGGCGGGCUGGGUGAAGCGCGGGGUGCAGGCCCCCGAGUCGGUGGCCGACCACAUGUACCGGAUGGGCGUCAUGGCGCUCGUCGCGGCCGAUCUACCCGGCGUCGACCGCGACAGGUGUGUCAAGAUGGCGAUUGUGCACGACAUUGCAGAAGCAAUUGUUGGUGACAUCACCCCUUCUGAUGGUGUACCCAAGGAAGAGAAGAGCCGCAGGGAGAAAGAAGCACUGGACCAUAUGUGUGAGCUGCUUGGUGGAGGUUCAAGAGCACAAGAAAUUCGUGAACUUUGGAUGGAGUAUGAGGAAAAUGCGUCUUUGGAAGCAAAGGUUGUCAAAGAUUUUGACAAGAUUGAGAUGAUACUUCAAGCUCUGGAGUAUGAAAAGGAGCAAGGACGGGACCUUGAAGAAUUCUUCCAAUCAACAGCAGGGAAAUUUCAGACAGACAUGGGAAAAGCAUGGGCAGCGGAGAUUGCAUCGAGAAGAAAAACAAAGUGA